CUCAUGCUUACAAACGUGAUUCGUUACGUCAAUAGUUUUGUAACAUUGAACCCUGAUCCCCCGAUAUUAGGGGUACGGGUAUAUAUAUUAGGCCGCUGAGAAGCACCUGCAUCAGAUCAUCAGAGCACGACAAUUGGACAGAUCAUCUUGAAACAGAAGUCUCUUUAACAUGUCAAGCAUUAAGUAUUUCUACGUUUUAGCAGUCAUUGCCGCUGCGGCCCAACUGUCAUCGGCAACUUUUCAACGUAGGGACGAGUGUUUGGCCGGUGUGAAUCACAAAAGCAGACCUGGCCCAGAACCAUAUCUUCGAGCGUGCCGCACCUACAGAAACAGCGCCUGCUGCACGCCCCAAUUUACACGACAGCUAGCUGCCUCACCGAUCACAAAAGUAGGAGACACUAACUGGAACCUUUGUGGACAACUGAGCGCUAGAUGCGAACGGCAUAUGGUGGCCACAGAGUGCUUCUAUCGCUGCUCUCCCAACAUUGUACACUGGGCAAGCCCAAAUUAUCCCGCCGCUACGGUUCGUGUCCCUAUCUGUGCCUCGGACUGCGACGCCUGGUUUGAUGCCUGUAAAGAUGAUUUCACGUGCGCCGAAAAUUGGCUAACUGAUUGGAACUUCACAAAGUCUGGGGAAAAGCAGUGCAAAGGACCCUGUAAAACAUUCGCUGAGACAUACAAAGACGGCAGGGGCCUGUGCCAAAAAAUGUGGGCGCUAUCACUCGACUACUCCACGGACUCCAACCGCUGUAUGAAGCUGAAGUGGGACGGGAGGCAAGGAAACCCCAACAACGACGCCGUUCAGAGAAUAUUCCAGUCCACCGGGUAUUUCAGGAGCGUUAUGGAUUCCAUCUAUGGCUUGUUUGGCGCUUGAUUGAUGGCAUUUCAUUUUGAACUUAACUGAAUUGUUCUAUUAAAAAUAACAACAGUGAUGAAAAUGGACAUCUAAUAUUAGACAGUAUUCUAUUAAAAAUAACGUCAAUGAUGAAAAUGGACAUCUAAUAUACAAACGUAGAGGUCAGAUCUGGACUAACCACCGUUACCAGAUCAAUGCUCCCUGUCAAACGAUAGGGCUUGCUACAUCUUGACAUGAAAUAUAUUGUUACAUGCAUUUUUACUUGUGGAAAAUAAAAUAAUUUCCAAUAUUUUC